GGCCCCAGGGCAGAAGCACACACACCGUGACCAUCUCCAGUCUGUCUGAAGCUGCAGGCCUGUUCGUCUCUGCCAUGUCUCUCUCUCCGUGCCGGGUCCAGAGGGGCUUCAGUGCUCGCUCAGCAUGUUCUACUUUUUCGGGGGCUCGAGGCAGGACUGGCUUCAGCAGCAGGAGCCUUAGCUCCUCCAGGAGACACAGAGGAAGCUCUUGUGGGAGGGCCUGGGGGACAGAAACCAGGCAAGGGGUACGGUUUGGGCAGGGUAAGGGAGGGCCUGGGCUUUCCCACUGCCCUCCAGGAGGCAUCCAAGCAGUGACUGUUGACCAGAGUCUGCUGACCCCACUGAAGAUCGAGGUUGACCCCCAGUUCCAGAUGGUGAAAACGCAGGAGACGCAAGAGAUCAGAACCCUCAACAACCAGUUCGCCUCCUUCAUCGACAAGGUGCGCUUUCUGGAGCAGCAGAACAAAGUCCUGGAGACCAAGUGGGCCCUGCUGCAGCAGCUGCAGGGGAAUCGUAGCCCUCAGGGCCUGGAGUGCAUCUUUGAAGCCUGCCUGGCCCGGCUCAGGCAGCAGCUGGAGGAGCUGCAGAGAGAGCGAAGGGCUCUGGACUCUGAGCUGAAAACCUACCAGGACCAGGAGGAUGAAUACAAAUCCAAGUAUGACCAGGAAGCAUACAAGCACGCCUCGGUGCAGAAUGACUUUGUGGUCCUUAAGAAGGAUGUGGAUGAGGUUUUCCAGAGCAAGAUGGAUUUGGAAGGCAACCUGGAGUCUCUGAGAGAACACAUCUGUUUCUUGACACGUCUGUAUGAAGAAGAACUGGGACAGCUGAAGACCCAGGCAGACGACAUGUCUGUGGUACUGUCCAUGGAUAACAGCCGUUGCUUGGACUUCAGUGACAUCAUUGCUGAGGUCCGUGCCCGUUAUGAGGAGAUCACAAGGACUAGCAAGGCCGAGGCUGAGGCUGUGUUCCAGACCAAGUACCAGCAACUCCAGGAAUCAGCCCAGCUCCAGGGGAACAACAUGAAGGAAGUGCAGGUGCAGAUUUCCCAGCUUCGGCAGGCCAUACAGAGGCUGCAGAGUCAGAUUGGGAACCUCAGGAAGCAGAAUGACGGUCUGCAGUCAGCCAUUGCUGAUGCAGAGCAGCAAGGAGAGAUGGCUCUGAGGGAUGCUCAGGCCAAGCUGGAUGAGCUGGAGGGUGCUCUGAGAACAGCCAAGCAGGACAUGGCACAGAUGUUGCGUGACUACCAGGAACUGAUGGGCACAAAGUUGUCCCUGGAUGUGGAGAUUGCCAUGUAUCGGAGGCUGCUGGAGAGUGAGGAGUGCAGAAUAUCCAAGGAGCACACCAGCCAGGUCACUGUCUCUAUAGCAGAUGGCUGCAUUGUGCCUGGAAGAACUUGUGGAGGCCAAGUGACCAUCCCUGGAAGAAUUGGUACAGGCCAAGUGACCAUCCCUGGAAGAGAACAUGGAGGCCAAGUGACCAUCCCUGGGAGAGAACAUGGAGGCCAAGUGACCUUCCCCGGAAGAGAACAUGGAGGCCAAGUGACCUUCCCUGGAAGAGAAAAUGGAGGCCAAGUGACCAUCCCUGGAAGAGAACAUGGAGGCCAAGUGACCUUUCCUGGAAGAGAAAAUGGAGGCCAAGUGACCAUUCCUGGGAGAGAAGAUGGAGGCCAAGUGACCAUCCCUGGAAGAGAAAAUGAAGGCCAAGUGACCAUUCCUGGGAGAGAACAUGGAGGCCAAGUGACCUUCCCUGGAAGAGAAAAUGGAGGCCAAGUGACCAUCCCUGGGAGAGAACAUGGAGGCCAAGUGACCUUCCCUGGAAGAGAACAUGGAGGCCAAGUGACUAUCCCUGGGAGAGAACAUGGAGGCCAAGUGAUCAUCCCUGGAAGAGAAUGUGGAGGCCAAGUGACCAUUCCUGGGAGAGAACAUGGAGGCCAAGUGACCUUCCCUGGAAGAGAAAAUGGAGGCCAAGUGACCAUCCCUGGAAGAGAAUGUGGAGGCCAAGUGACCAUCCCUGGAAGAGAAAAUGGAGGCCAAGUGACCAUCCCUGGAAGAGAAAAUGGAGGCCAAGUGACCAUCCCUGGAAGAGAACAUGGAGGCCAAGUGACCUUCCCUGGAAGAGAACAUGGAGGCCAAGUGACUAUCCCUGGAAGAGAAUGUGGAGGCCAAGUGACCAUCCCUGGGAGAGAACAUGGAGGCCAAGUGACCAUCCCUGGGAGAGAAAAUGGAGGCCAAGUGACCUUUCCUGGAAGAGAACAUGGAGGCCAAGUGACCAUCCCUGGAAGAGAACGUGGAGGCCAAGUGACCAUCCCUGGAAGAGAACGUGGAGGCCAAGUGACCUUCCCUGGAAGAGAACGUGGAGGCCAAGUGACCAUCCCUGGAAGAGAAUGUGGAGGCCAAGUGACCAUCCCUGGAAGAGAAUGUGGAGGCCAAGUGACCUUCCCUGGAAGAGAACAUGGAGGCCAAGUGACCAUCCCUGGAAGAGAAUGUGGAGGCCAAGUGACCAUCCCUAGAAGAGAAUGUGGAGGCCAAGUGACCAUCCCUGGAAGAGAACAUGGAGGCCAAGUGACCAUCCCUGGAAGAGAAUGUGGAGGCCAAGUGACCAUGCCUAGGGGAGAAUGUGGGGGCCAAGUGACCAUGCCUAGGGGAGAGUGUGGGGGCCAAGUGACCAUGCCUAGGGGAGAGUGUGGGGGCCAAGUGACCAUGCCUAGGGGAGAAUGUGGAGGCCAAGUGACCAUGCCUAGGGGAGAAUGUGGGGGCCAAGUGACCAUGCCUAGGGGAGAAUGUGGAGGCCAAGUGGGCACUUCUGGUUACAGAGGCUGGGAAGGCAGCUUUGGGUCUGGAGGCUGCUCUAGCAUCGUAACUGGCGGCUUUGGGAUCCCCCAGGGAUCUGGGUACAGCCCCAUCAUGGGUUCCUGUUCUGUAUCUGGCUCAGGCUUCAGUUCUGGCUCUGGCUCCAGCUGCCGCACCAUCCUGAAGGAGACAGUGGAAUCAAGUAGGAAAAUGUCUGUCAUUUAUUGAGUGACUAGGCAGUCGCAUCCCUUCUGAGCCCAGUAGCCUUGCUCUGAGCCCAUUCCCUAUGUCCAGUGUCCACAGCCCAAGGCAGUCCACUGGGCACUGGAGAAAGUCAAUAAAGUGUCCUGCUCUGCAAACUCA